UUCAGUGACUGUGAGGCCUGAGCAGAGGCUGCUGAAGGGAGCCACUGAGUGAAGCGUGGACAUCCUCUGCUUCCAGAUGUUAGGCCUUCUGGAGAACACAACCCUUGUGUACUGGAUUGCCGGCACUGCGCUGGCUUUUUUGCUGCUGUUGUGGCUGCUGGCCCUCUGUCUUUUCCACAGAUCACAGGAGCAUGAUGUGGAGAGAAACCGAGUUCGACAAGCCCGGCCUCGGCUCUUCCAUGGCCGGCGCCUGGGUCUCCCAGGAGUCAUUCGCCAUCACCAUCACGGUGGCCGCGGAGGUGUUCACCAUCAGCACCGCCAGCACCGCCAUUCUCCCCAUCGUCUCCACCAGCACCACCGCCAUCACCACGCUCACGGAGCCCGCCACUGAGGCCUGGCCCUCCCCUCCAUCCAGCAGCAA